AUGGCCCUGGACAGCCAUGUGUGGGCGCCCGCGACACCCAUGCCAAUGGCCGAGAGUGCCCUCUACCGGCAGCGGCUAGAGGUCAUCGCGGAGAAGCUGCGGCUGCAAGAGGAGAUCCGGGCGGCGCAGCGCGAGCUGGACGAGGAGAAGCUUCGUGUGCAGCGGCUCAAGAGAAAGUGUCUCCGAGACCGGUGGCUGAUGGAUGGGGCAGCCGAAGAGUCCGAGGGGCCCGAGGACCCCCAGACCCCGGAGAGCCGAGCCCAGACUCGCAUGCAGAACCUGGAAGACAGUUUGUUCACGCUCCAGGCCCAGCUGCAGCUGUUGCAAAGUGCAUCGACAGGAGCCCUGCACAAACCCACGGGCAGGCCUGCCUGGCGAAGACAGGGCCAGCGGCCCCUCUCCCAGCCCACUGAGGAGGCAGAAGUAGCUCUUGAAGGCCAGGCUAGCCGGGACCAGCGCACCUCCCUGCCAGCUGGACUGGCCGUGUCGUCCCCAGCGUCACCCUGCGAGCCGGGGCAGAUUCUCGGGGUAGCAGAAAUGUCAUCGUCAGAAGCUGCCAACGGGCCCUGCCCUGCGCCCAGCGCUGCUCCGAGUCCAGAGGCUUCGACCACCGGGGCAGGCGUGGUGGAGGUGGUGUGGGAGGGCCUGAGGGCCUCCGAGGACUGUGCCAUGGAGGAGGCCUUAGGCGCAGACCUGGAGUCCAAAGUGGAGGAGGUGGUACAGGAGGCCAUCGGGUCGCGGCCUGACCCUGGAGAGUCCGAGCGGCCAUCCUGGGCAAGGGAGGACAGAGCCGUGGUGGAGGUGGUCUGGGAGGGCUUGGGUGGGGAGCAGAGCAGGGACACUGAGCCAGAGCUGAAAGUCCCACUGAGGCUCCCUGAAGGUUCUAGAAGGAGCAGUCCUGAGGGGAACGGGCAGGGUGGAGAGAACGGCUCCUUCAUCUGGGUGGAGAGAGUCACCCUCAAUGAAGAGUGGGAGGAGCUGGGGCUGGAGGCCACCACCGAGGGGUCAAAGAUCAAAGGUGAGGAAGGUGAGGGAGAAGGCAGUGGGGGGCAGAGCUGGGCGCUGGAGCUAAGAGGGGUCGAGGAGUCAGGGGCCCAGCAGGAAGCAAGGGAGGCUUCUCCAGAAGUGGUGGGGGCUGGAGGUGAGCAGCCACAGUUGGCCGAAGAAAGAGAAGGAGAAGGACUUUGGGGGACACAGAGGGAUGGAGGUGAGGAGACAUUGGGAGCAGAGGAGACAGGAAGCGAGGAAAGGCGUGAGGUGGUGCAGGUAGCGCUGGAGAUGGAGACAGAAGGCGGCGAGGAGUUACCCAAAUUAGCUGGAGAAGGUGAGUUAUCCCAGGCAGGCAGAGAAGGAAGUGAGGAGUUAUCCAAAUCAGCAGAAGAAGGCGAGGCAGCAUCGGAAGUAGCAAGAGAAGAUGAGAAAUUGUCUCAGGGAGAGAGAGAAGGCGGCGAGGAGUCGGAGUCGGUGGUCCCAGCAGAAAAAAAAGCAGGGGAGGGAGCACUGGAGGCGGAGCAGGCCGAGAGAGUGGAGACAAGCUCUGGCCCGGAACAGGAACAGCUCAUUCCUGGAGAAGGGCCCGAAGAUCAGGCAGAAGGGGUGGCAGAGGCCGAGGCUGCCCAGACAGCCAGCGACGAGCCCGAGCCUGAGGAGGAAGCGCAGCCGCCCCAAAAGAAGCCAGAGGACUGCCUGGAAGAGGAGGCUGCUGCCCCUGGGACAUCCCAGCCGCCCGCCGAGAGCCAGAGCCCCUCAGACAAAGCCACGGCUCUCCCGGAGGUGACCCCAGCACCUGCAGCGCAGCCCCCGGAGUGCCAGCCACUGCUGCAGGCAGAGGGGCCCAGAGCCAACCCCAGUGCCCACCCGGCGCCCACCUAUGCCCCUGCCCACCAGCCCUCACCCUCCGCUGCCACCGCUCGGGAGGGCUCCGAGGCCAGUGCUCCGAAGCAGAAGACGUGCCAGUGUUGUGCGGUUAUGUGAGCCCGGGCCCCACUCCCCUGGCCUGGCUAAUCUCACACACCUACCUCGGUCGCUUGGCACCCAGCAGAG